GCCGGUUCAGGGAUAACGGGUUCUUCGUCUCCUGCCAUGAGGACACUCAUUCAUCCAUGCAAUCCGAUAUGUCUAUGAUGCACCCUGACCGAGGAACCGAUGACCAGUACCCGUACACGCACCCACCGAAUGGACAACGACAAUCUCCGAGUGGAUACCGUGAUAGUGGCAUAGUUUCACCGGAUUCCCACGAUUUCAGUGACCCGCUGGCAGGGACACUGAACGAACCAAUCUCCUUCAAGCGCAAACAGAAACACCGGUCUACGUUCAGUUUGUCCAAGAUAUUUACCGGUAGCGAUCCUUCCGCCUCUCAGAACCAACAUCUACCAGGCGAUACCUCGUCGUCAAGACCUGGAUCAGUUGGUGCCAGCGAGAACUUAAAUACACAGAAAGAUGGGGGUCUACUCGAUUGGUACAUCGAGGGACCAGGGCGACGAGUAGGCUACGACGAUCUAACGGCUAUUGAUUGGAUUUUCGAAUACUCCAAAGAACGGCAACGGAAGAGGGUGCUUUAUUCCAGCGGACAAGGCAUCACAGGAUAUAUUCACAAGCUCAUCAAUGCGGGAAAUGUCUGGAUCGUAUUGAUCGCCACAGGUAUUUCGGUUGGCAUCAUUGCAGCUUGCAUUGAUAUCACAAGCAAUUGGUUGGGAGAUCUUAAAACCGGCUACUGCAAGAGCGGUUCCGGAGGAGGACGGUUUUACCUAAACCGGAGUUUCUGUUGUUGGGGGCACGAAGACCUUUCGAAAUGUAUAGAUUGGACACCAUGGCGAAGUGCACUUGGGGUUACCUCCAAGGGCGGCGGCUUUACAGUCGAAUAUAUUUUCUAUAUUCUUUAUUCUGUGCUAUUUGCUGUUUGUGCUAGCAUAUUGGUCAGGUCUUACGCAAUCUAUGCCAGGCAUAGUGGAAUCCCCGAGAUUAAGACGGUUCUUGGUGGCUUUGUUAUAAAGCAUUUUAUGGGAGCUUGGACUCUUGCCAUCAAGUCAAUAGGUCUUUGCUUAUCUGUGGCCUCUGGAAUGUGGCUUGGUAAAGAAGGCCCACUCGUUCAUGUUGCAUGCUGCUGUGCCAAUGUGUUAAUGAAACCUUUCGAAAGCCUAAACAACAAUGAAGCGAGGAAACGCGAAGUUUUAUCGGCGGCUGCAGCUGCAGGUGUUUCCGUUGCCUUUGGAGCGCCUAUUGGAGGCGUUUUGUUUAGUCUAGAGCAAUUGUCAUAUUAUUUCCCGGAUAAGACGAUGUGGCAAAGCUUUGUAUGUGCUAUGAUUGCUGCAGUUACCUUACAGGCGAUCAAUCCCUUCCGAACAGGAAACAUCGUUCUUUACCAGGUCACCUAUACACGCGGAUGGCAUCGCUUUGAAAUGAUACCGUUCAUUAUACUUGGCAUAGUAGGUGGGAUAUAUGGCGCAUUUCUAAUUCGGCUGAAUUUGAAAGUUGCAAAAUGGCGACGAACUCGAGGCUGGUCUUACCCCAUCCUUGAAGUGCUUGCCAUAGCUUUUCUUACCUCCUUGAUCAACUUUCCCAAUUUGUUCAUGAGAGCCCAAAACUCCGAGCUCGUCCAUUAUCUUUUUGCUGAAUGUGGCAGUGGGAAUGAUGACUUGUUUGGCCUCUGUAAGCCUGGGGCGGUAUCGAUCAGCACGAUAGCUCUUCUGCUUGCAGCUGCCCUUCUUGGAUUCUUUCUUGCGUCGCUGACCUUUGGUCUCGAUAUACCUGCUGGUAUAAUUCUUCCGUCAGUCGCCAUCGGUGCUCUCUAUGGACGUGCCAUGGGUACGGCAUUCAAAAUGUGGCAAGAGGCGUACCCAGGAGCCUUUCUUUUUGGACGAUGCGAUCCUGAUAUCCCUUGCGUGACACCUGGAAUAUAUGCAAUUAUCGGUGCAGCCUCGGCUCUUGGUGGCGCCACAAGAAUGACCGUCUCAAUUGUGGUUAUCAUGUUCGAGCUAACAGGCGCUCUUACUUACGUUAUUCCGAUCAUGAUUGCGGUCAUGCUGUCUAAGUGGUGUGGUGAUAUUUUCGGGAAACGUGGGAUUUAUGAGUCUUGGAUCCAUCUGAACGAGUACCCCUUUAUAGACCACCGUGACGAUACCGCUCCCCCGGAUGUGCCUGCGAGCAGAGUGAUGACUGUGGUUGAUGACAUUACUUCCAUCAUCGCUGUUGGUCAUACCAUUGACUCUCUUCGUCAACUUCUCGAUACCACUUCCUAUCGCGGAUUCCCCGUCGUCACUGAUACAUCCAAUCCGAUUCUUCUGGGCUACAUCUCUCGCAGUGAACUUUCAUACGCUUUGAAACAUUCCUCGACACCAGCAGACCGUGAGCUGUCUGGUUCGACGCAGGUGCUAUUUGCUCACCAGCCAUUCGCAGAUCCGAUGGAAACCCUUGACCUACGGCCUUGGAUGGACCAGACACCUAUAGCUCUCAACAGCGGUACUACAUUCUUGAUUAUACUACAGAUGUUCCAGAGACUUGGUCUCCGUUACAUUCUGUUUGCCAAUAAGGGCAUACUUCAGGGGUUGCUCACUAAGAAAGAUGUCUGGUCCGUCAUUAACGGGUCAGGUUUCCGUCAGGGUGAAACCUUGAAGGAACACAACUUCCACCAGCCAAGCACAGCGGAGGAGGUCGGCUUACUCGAAGGCGACGAUAUAACUAGCCUUGCUAGCUCUAUGGAUAGAAGGCAGUCGCUUUGAUGCAAGCCAAGCUGACGAUUUUCAUUAUAUUCCUAUCUGGGAUGGGGUUUUGAGAUACUGGCGCAAAUUUCUUUUAUGUUUUGGUUCUUAUACUCAGUACAUAGACUUAUCUUUGGGAUACGGUUGGAUGAAUUGGUUAGUGUGAAUGAACUGACACUCGUCAUGUCUAGUAUGCUGAGUUGCUGCUGAGGAUUUUGGCUCUUUCUGUUGCUUCGAUUAGCCGUAUGGCUUCUAUUUUGUUGAUUGACAAUGUGUAUAUAUGUUCGUC